AUGGCUUAUGCUGCUGCGAUUUCACUCAAGAAAACAUUGGACCUCUUAUCCUACCAUCGUAUUUCGCUCCUAGAUCUUUGUUCUAAUAGUAAAUUACGAGAUGUCAAGAAAGAGCUUUCUUCCAUGGAAGAUGUACUCAGAGAAUUGGACAGCUUCAGCAGCACCGGGAGCCACUUGAACAGAAAAAGAAUCAAUCUUUUGGAUGAACAAAUCAGAAUAUUACUACACGAGUUUGAGGAUGUAAUAGAAUCCCGUAUUUCACCUCUGUUUCUGUCUCAAGAUACCUUUAUCGGAAAGGUGAAGAAGAUGAAGGCUCUUUACAUUCACGAGCUACACACUUCUCCGCCAUACGAAGAAGAAGAAGAAGCUAUAGAUAAUGAUGAUGAGUCAUCCGGUCAGAUGGUUGGAUUAUCCGAUCAAUUAAUCGAAAUCAAACAUCUGCUUGCGUCGCCUUAUAAGAAUCACAUCACGCUCUAUGGAACGGCGGGCAUUGGUAAGACUACUAUUGCCAGGAAAUUCUUUCAAGAUCCACUAACUUUGAGCACUUGCACCAAACGGGCUUUCGUGACCGUAGGCCCGAUAUAUCGCUUCGAAAGAGUCUUGCUAGAUAUUCUAGAACAAGUGACUGUUGAUGAUAAAAAACAAGUGCUAAUUACAGAGUCAUUAGAUGGCUUGGAAAGAAUGGUUUACCUAAGUUUAAAGGGUCAACGAUAUUUCAUCGUGCUGGAUGAUGUAUGGGACUACGAAAUUCAGUCAUAUUUUGGAACUUUGUUUCCAAAGGAAUACAAGGAAAGUAAAGUAGUCAUGACAACUAGGCUAAAAGACGUCGCAAGGGGUAGUUAUCUGCAGCUAAUCCGAUUCCUGGAUAAGAAAGAAAGUUGGGAACUUCUUCGUCACAAGGUGUUUGAUGAAAUGCCUUGCCCUAACGAGCUGGAGAAAGCCGGAAAGAAGAUUGCCGAGAAUUGUGAAGGUCUUCCUCUAACGAUCGUUAAGGUUGCCCAAAUCCUAUCCGAAUCUGACAAGACCGCAGAGUACUGGAACGAGGUAGGUGACGACAAAAGACAUUCGGUUUACGUGGAUGCGUAUGGUCGAAUGUACAAGGUGCUCUAUCCAAGCUAUGACUACUUAUCUCAAGAAUUGAAACCAAUCUUUCUCUACAUGGGAGUGUUCCCUCAAAACUACGAGAGUCCCCGCUCCAAGCUCGCCAAAAUUUGGCAUGUGGAAGGAUUUUGUAGUAGAUAUCAAUCUCUGUUGAAAUUGGAUGAGCUCGAUUCGAGUAGUCUUAUCAUGCUCCACAAGAUUGGCUUCAAUAAAAGAAUAAAGACUUGCAGCCUUUAUUCACCCUUUUGGCAUUUGUGCAACAAAGAAGCUACGAAAAGCAAGUUUUUCCAUGCCUUGAAUAGUCUCGCCGAUGGUUUAGCAGAAGAACGUCUAGAAAGCCAGCGACGAUUGUGCAUUCGCAAUAACAGUUUAUUUGCCAUUAAAGAUGUUUAUGAUACAAUGUCUUCUAUUUCAACAGUACGUUCUCUCCUAUGUACCGGUCCAUAUCAUGAAUAUCCAGUACCGGUAUGUUUUGGUUUCAGGUUGCUUAGGAUACUCGAUGCUCUAACCGCUCGGUUCUAUGAGUUCCCAUUGGAAGUAGUUAAUCUAAUUCAACUAUUGUACCUUGCCCUUACAUUUGAAGGAAAUAUCCCUUCUUCCAUAUCCAGACUUUGGAACCUUCGUUACUUAAUUGUUCGACGACAUUUGAGCGUCGUUAAAUCUAAAGCGAAUUCUUUGUAUAUGCCUACGGAGAUAUGGGAUAUGAAAGAAUUGAUUCAUCUUCAAGUUGCUGGGAGCGAUCUACCGCACCCUCGUGAAGAAUCUUUCUUGGGAAACCUCUACACACUUUUAGACGUGGGCUCUCAGAGUUGUACCAGAGAUGUUUUCGAAAGAAUACCUAGUUUGAUGAAGCUAGGUAUCCGAAUCGAAGUGGGGCCCGCUGAUGAUGUGGACGAACCGUUUAGCUGCUUCAAUCAUAUUUCCCAUCUCCGUAGACUAGAGAGACUUAAAUGUGUCGUUGUGAAUCCUAGAAUAAUAUCCAAGGUUGUCGUUCCUCUUUCGAUCUUUCCAUCGAGCCUUAAAAAGUUGACUUUGACCGGCGGAUUUGGAUACCCUUGGGAAGAAAUGAGCAAGAUUUCUUCUUUGCCGAAGCUUAGGGAGCUAAAAUUGAGAUGCUACGCUUUUCGAGGACCGGAGUGGAAAGUUCGUCAGCAUGAAUUCCAAAAGCUUCGAUUUCUUUUGAUCGAGGACACUGAUCUGGUGCAGUGGACGUUUGAAGAUGAUCGUUGCUUCGAAAGUCUCGAGACUCUUAGCUUAAAACAUUGCUACAAAUUACAAAGAAUCCCUCUGAAAUUUUAUAAACUUCUAUCGAAGAUUGAAGUGGUUGACUGCAACCCUCUGGCUUCGACCAAGUUAAAGGAGGACCGUGAAAAAGAAAAAAAUUCUCUCCCGUAUUUAGUUCUUAAUAUCUAUUCUUCAUUGGAUGAAUGA